CAUAGAAUACUAUUCGACCUUCACUCUCUCUCUCUUUUUCAUGUCUCUCUCUCUUUCUCAUUCUUCCUAAUUUUGCCCCCAAACCCUUCCAAUAAUUACUGAAACGCCACUGCUCACUCGUCGGAACUCCGGUGAAGGAGGAGAUGGAGGAUGUAGGAGUGUCAACGGCGAAGUCUAUACUUGCGAAGCCUCUUAAGCUACUCACUGAAGAUGACAUUUCUCAGCUCACUCGCGAAGACUGCCGCAAAUUCCUCAAAGAGAAAGGAAUGCGCAGGCCUUCGUGGAACAAAUCUCAGGCGAUCCAGCAAGUUUUAUCACUUAAAGCUCUCUUUGAGCCCGGCGACGAUUCCGGCGCCGGUAUCCUCCGCAAGAUCCUCGUUUCUCAGCCGCCAAUUCCGCCUCGUGUCACAACAACGUCGACUGAGCUAAGCAACGAGCUCGAAGCUUGUGGCCGGAUUCCUCCAUUUCAGGAAGAUGAUGGUCCCUGCCAUAGAAGGGAUUCUCCAAGAUCAGCUGAGUUUUCCGGUGGUUCUGCUCAUUAUCCAGCUGAGAAAGAUACCAACAAGACUGUCUCCCUCAGAAGCCCAGCUGAAACUAAUGCGCUGGUUGGGCAAAUGACGAUAUUCUAUAGUGGGAAAGUGAAUGUGUAUGAUGGAGUACCAUCUGAGAAGGCCCAGUCAAUCAUGCACUUUGCAGCAAAUCCAGUUGACUUGCCUGCAAAUGGUAUCUUUUCUUCUAGUUGUAUGCCCAUGAGUAAAGAGAAGAUGGUGGAACUUCCCCAAAUUGGCCUUGAGAGGGUGAAUUCUUCUCGUGAUUUUGAUAUGGAAGGUCAGGCAAACAGGAAGAUGUCGUUGCAAAGAUAUCGUGAAAAGCGGAAGGACAGAAGAUUCCUUAAAGCCAAAAAGUCUCCAGGAGUUGCGUCCUCGAGCUUGGAAAUGUUUCUAAAUCGUCAGCCACGAAUGAAUGCUGCAUACUCACAAAACCUUGGCCACACAAGAUCUUCACUGCAGAGCGAGUCACCUGAAAACCAAAGAAAAAGUCCCAAUCUAUCAGUUGAUCUAAACAGUGAAGCAGAUAUUUAACAAGUUGCCAACACGUGGAGAUGCUAUUACUAUUACCGGUGAAAAGGUGUUGGAAGCUCAAUAUAUGAAGAGACUUUAAUCUUCAGAUCGGCUUGUUUGGGUAUCCGGGUCGCACCCAUAAUUUUUUUGGUCUAUAGUUUUGUUGUGUAGCUAAGUAGGUUAGUGGUAAGUUCUUGUUUCUGAUUCUUUUUUGAGGAAGAUAUAGUCAGAGAGAUUUGGCAAGAGGCAAGAACUUGUUUGUAAUGUGUAAAUGCUGUCUUAAUAUGACACUUUUUAACGAGAGACACUU